CAUUAUAAACAACUUUAUCAAGAAAGAAAUGGGUAUUCGCUUUAACUGGUUCGUUUAUUAAAUAAUUUUGAAAAGAUGUUGGUUCCAAUUCUUUUAAUUUUUCCAUUUGCUUAUUUAAUAUUUCGAUAUAAAAAUAAUGUUAAUAAGUUUAAGAGUAUCGAAAAAAUUCCAGGUCCAUCAUUCAAGGAUAUUAUUAACCACUACAGAAAUUCAUCCGAAGGUUUUUUAAAAUUUUUUCAAUCACUAAAUACAAAAUACGGCCCAAUUGUUAAAAUAUGGAUUAAACCGAUGCCGCCAAUUAUAAUGACCACAGAUAUGGAGUUUAUUCAAAAGAUUUAUAAAUCCAACGACAAUUUUUAUACCCCCGCAUUUUCUGAAGCUGAAUCUUUGUUAAGAGAAGGAUUAGCUACAACGAAAUCGAGAGAAAAUUGGCAUAACGAUAAACAAAUUGUGAUUAAAACAUUCACACGAGAUUAUAUAUCGAAUCGUUUGAUUGUUUAUAACGAAAAAUAUAACGAAUUCAUGGAAAUGAUUUAUGAGAAUUUAGAAAAACCGAUUGAAUUGGAAUCCAAUUUAGAAAGAAUUCACGCCGAAAUCAUAAUUGAAUCCAUGAUGGAUUCUCAAAUAAAAAUCACACAAAAAGAAAUUAACGACUACAUGGAGAAUAGAACAAAAUAUUUUAAUUUGUUAUUAGAAAAAAUGAAUUCAAGUACGAUGGGGAUUUUAUACAAAUUUACUCAAAAUUAUCGCUUAUCUUUGGGAUAUGCCGAAAAUGUUAUUGAAAUUAUGGAAAAUUUAUUGGAGCGCCAUAAAAAAAUUCCAAUCGAUCAAAGAGAGAAGUGCAAUUUAAUAUAUGCUUUUAUAGAUAGUGGAAUGUCAGAUGAUAAAAUUGUUGAUAAUAUGAAUACAAUAAUUGGAGGUGGUUUCGAAACCUCAGUUGUUCCAUUAGCACUUACUUUGUAUGAAUUAGCAAAACGUCCCGAACUACAAGAAAAGAUUUUAGAAGAAAUUCUUUCGAUUGUUGGACCUCAGUCAUCACGAGAAAUAACAUUAAACGAUUUAAAUAAUAUGACGUACUUACAUUGUGUUGUCAACGAAGCUUUACGCUUAUUUUUCCCAUCACCAUUCGUUGAUCGAUUAUUAACGAAAGACGUUGAAAUUAAAGAUAUGAUAAUUCCGAAAGAUACCCAAGUCAUUUUUAAUCUCGCAGAAAUUUUUAAAUCGAAUGAAAACUUUGAGAACGCAAACGUUUUUAACCCGGAUCGGUUUUUACCGGAAAAUAUGACGGAAAAUGCGAAAAAAGCACACUUAUCCUUCGGAUAUGGAGCAAAAUAUUGUCCGGGUAAAAAUAUAGCAUAUGCUUCGAUGAAAUUAUUUUUAGCAAAAAUCCUGAGAGAAUUUGAAAUUUGUUCCGUUAAAGACCAUGAUGUUAAAUUGAAAGCGGAUAUAAUGUUUAGAAGCAUUGAUGGAAUUCCUGUUAUUUUUCAAAAAAGAAUGUAUGAAUUAUAUAUGUAAUUAAUAAAGAAAUUUUUUUGUUGGA